ACGCUAAAAAGGCAAAGACGAAUUUGAAUUGUGUCGUUGCGCGCGCGCACCGUUCUUCUGUGUUCCCGCGCUGUUCGUUUUGCUCUCAAGGGUUCUUCGUGUUCAUCGAGUAGCCAUGGACGAUAUGUACGAGAGGUUGGAGAAGGUUGGCGAGGGCACGUAUGGCAAAGUCUACAAGGCGCGCGACAAGAAGACGGGGAGACUCGUUGCGCUGAAGAAGACGAGGUUGGAGAUGGAAGAGGAAGGAGUUCCAUCGACAGCUCUCCGGGAGGUCUCGCUGCUGCAGAUGCUCUCCCAGAGCAUCUAUGUUGUGAGGCUUCUCUGCGUCGAGCAUGUCGAUGAGAAUAACAAACCCAUGCUGUAUCUCGUUUUCGAGUACCUUGAUACGGAUUUGAAGAAGUACAUGGACUUGACUGGUCGAGGUCCCAGUAAUCCUCUUCCUGCCUCCACGAUCAAAAGUUUCUUGUAUCAGCUUUGCAAAGGAGUUGCGCAUUGUCACAGUCACGGCGUCAUGCACAGAGAUCUGAAGCCCCAGAACCUGCUGGUCGACAAGGAGAAAGGAAUACUCAAAAUUGCAGAUUUAGGAUUGGGCCGAGCUUUCACGGUCCCUGUGAAGAGCUAUACACACGAGAUUGUAACGCUGUGGUACAGAGCACCGGAAGUGCUCCUAGGAGCGUCAUACUACUCGACACCCGUUGACAUAUGGUCUGUUGGCUGUAUCUUUGCGGAAAUGGCGAGGAAGGCUCCGCUGUUUCCAGGAGAUUCGGAACUCCAGCAGCUCCUUCACAUUUUCAAGCUCUUAGGCACACCGAAUGAGGAGGUAUGGCCUGGAGUUUCGAAACUGCGCGAUUGGCACGAGUUCCCUCAAUGGCAACCUCAGAAUAUUGCCAGGGUUGUCCCGCAGCUGGACGAGAAGGGAAUCGAUCUACUUCAGAAAAUGCUCCAGUAUGAUCCUGCCAAGAGGAUUUCGGCAAAGGAGGCUCUCCAUCACCCUUACUUCGACGACCUGGACAAAUCUCAGUUCUGAGUAUGUUUUGAAGAUAUCCUUAUUAUGAUAGCGAAUUGCAGGAGCUCCCUCUCCAGCUCCUCACACUGCGCCUACUGUCUCAGAACUUUGUAUGGAUAAUCUAGUCAACCUUCUACAUGUAGAGUACAUAUGCUAUUUCUAUCAUCGCAUCAUUGUUCCGCAGAAAUAUGGAAGUUUCCAGUUGCCUCGUCCAGCGGGGCAUUUGGGUGAACGAGAGAGUUCUAUUGUCCAUUAAUGGCCCUGUGCGAUAAAAGCACACCACUUCGUGUGCUCAAUUGACUGGUGUCUGACUGGUCUUGCUGUUUCCUUGGUUUCUGAGGCAAAGAAACAAAAGAGUUUUGUAAGUGUUGGAUGGGUGGGAAGUAAACGUGCGUAGUGAGCUCUUUGUCUGUGUAUGGAUCGCAGUGCCGCUUGAGAAGAUUGGGGAAAUGCUUGCAUCCCCAAAUUUUUGGAGUGACACUUCGAUCCAUGUGGAGACUGAACGACCCUCGUUGGGCGCCCAGCUUAAAAGUGAUGGGAAAGGAUGUGUAUUAUGUAGGGCCGAAAGGUGUCGAGUGCCCAGCCAAAGGCAGUUUGUGAAGUAUGGGGAGUUGCAAGUGGUCAGGGAAUCAUAUGGAAUUGGGUGGAUGUGCAAGUUGUUCUGGGCUUCGGCACGAGGCUGCUUGGCAACGGCGGGAACCAGUGUUGCUGUUCCAGGGUAGCCAAAAACAGGGUGAAUGUGCAUGCAUAAUGCGAAAUCGUCAUUGCGGCUCAUGUAUGAAUUUGUUUAUGGAGAGGGGUAGGAUCAUGAUUGUCAGUAGCUUGCCAUAUAAUGUGACUGAGAGGAAUAGAGUCAUAUGAUUUGUCGAGGCAGUUGGUGGCGAAGGCCCUGGAUGUGGGGUACGCCUUGUGCACUCAACUUAGACUGCGAAGGUCACCCACCGGUUUUCUAAAUCGGAGAUGCUAGUCAGGCUUGGAAGAGAUGCCAUGGGAUGCAGCAUCCUUGUCUCGCUGCUCGCGGAAUUCUGCUGGUGAGUGUCAAUGCCGUCGUUUGUGCUUUGGCAGUCCGCGGUAGAAAGAAAGCGAUGAGCAUCAGUGGGAGCAUCACUGGGAGCUGAAGAAUGUUUUUAAUUUUUUAAGAUUUUAUUUUUAAGAUCACUGUGGUUAUGUUCAUGAAAAUGGGUAGUCCGUUCUGAGAUGUUAUGCCAUCUACAGACAGCGAUGUGGGCGAAACAACCAUUUCAGCAGAGCGAUGUGCUCUGAUCUCUGGUGUGAAAGUUCAAUGAGGAGGUGUCCGAUGAGGAUGGGCUUGAGGGGAUGGAGUUGAUGCACUAAAACUUCCUUGUUGCUCUGGAGUGUGCUGCUGUUUCUGAAUGACGGUUGUCAGCACGACUCUUGCGUGCUGCUGUCAUGCUGCCGUUCAUUUUUUUUUAAUCUCCAGGUUUUGUUGAAUUGAGUGAUGGCACCGGCCGAUCUUGCAAUGUUUGUUCCGAAUUCAAGGAUGUGGGCAAAGUACCUCUUCAUCUGUCUUGGAAUGUUUUGGAUUUGAGCGAUGUCAUUGUGUUGGAAAUGGUGGUUUAUAGCCGUGGAACAAGGAGCUUCAGGCCUAUAUGGGUUACAUGAAGGAGCGGCUGCCAUUUAUUGUUCCGGGGGUUGUCUCGCAAUGUUUAUUGGACGAGUAGUCUUUUGUGCAUGAUGUGUAUAUCAAACAAAAUGGGAAAGGUAGA